ACGAUCCACUUGCGGCCCAUCAUAGCGGGAAUCAAAUCACAGGAUGCAGGACCUCUCUGUUGAUCUCAGUAUUCUUAUCCAGAGAAUCGAAGUCUCUCUGGCAUCGCUCAUCCAGGUCUACAAUCUCGUAUUUAUUAUCACCAAGCUUGUGCCUCCUUCGGGCCGUACCACUUUCAACGUCGCCGUUCUGUCGGUUUCUCUGAUCGUCACAGCCAUGUUCGUCGUCGAGUUCUUUGAGGUGGAGCCGCACAUGUACUAUCUGAACAACAUUAAUGCCGAUGUUAUGGUAAGAAAGCAGCCACAUGAUGUUUGCGAUUCCGACCUUUAUCCGCUUUUGCACCAGCCCGUCCUCGAGCUCGGACUGGCGGGCCUCACGCGCUGAUCUCAACAACCCCUUCAGUUCUCGGUCCUUAUCAAGUUCUCCCAAACGU